GAGAGACAGAGAGGGAGGGGGGAAGGGAGUGAACAAAUGAAACAUACUAACAGAGAAUCGAGGAUCAGUGUAGCAGGAAUCGCUACAGAGAUGCCCAGGGUUUCUCCAUGUAAGAGGAAAUACUCUCUCUCACACACAUAGUGAAGGAUUUGUGGAUAUGUUUUUUCUGACGAGCCUGCAUUCUGAGUGAACUAUAAGAAAAGGAGAUACAUUUUUCCUGCAUCUCUGACUCUCUCAUGAGCAGCCAUGCCUGUUCUGUCACCUGUCACAGGUUUACAUGAGAUGCUUGCACUCCUCACUUCUCAGCUUCAUCCAGAAGCGAAUCAUAAGGAGGACCUGGGCUUUCUCAGGGAGGUCUUCAGUGAGAGGAGCCUUAGCUAUUUAAUGAAAAUCCAUGAGCGACUGAGGCAAUAUCAGCUGCAAAGCCCGACCCCGGUUUUCCACAGCGCCUCCUGUUUAGCAGAGGAUGUUGCAGAGGAGCUACAGAACGGACCACUGGAUGAAGAUGAGAGAGAGUUAUUAACACUUCUGACUGCUCCACAUGUGAAGGCAGUGCUAACAGUACAUGACACUGUGGCCCAGAAGAACUUUGAUCCUGUUCUCCCACCUCUUCCAGAUGAUCUGGACGAUGAAUUAGAGGAAGAAUCUGUGAAGAUUGUGCGUUUGGUGAAGAACAAGGAGCCACUUGGGGCGACCAUCCGUAGGGAUGAGGUUACUGGAGCGGUGGUGGUUGCUAGAAUCAUGAGGGGCGGGGCUGCAGACCGCAGUGGUUUGGUGCAUGUUGGAGAUGAGCUCAGGGAAGUCAAUGGAAAUCUAAUCAUCCACAAACGUCCCGAGGAAAUCAGCCAGAUUCUGUCUCAGUCUCAAGGCUCGAUCACUCUGAAGAUAAUCCCUGCCAUAAAGGAGGAGGACAGAUUCAAGGAAAGUAAGGUCUAUUUAAGAGCCCUGUUUGAUUACACACCAUUUGAAGACAAAGCCACGCCCUGUCAAGAGGCCGGGCUUCCCUUCCAGCGUGGGGACAUCCUGCAGGUGGUCACUCAGGAUGACCCAACAUGGUGGCAGGCCAAACGAGUGGGAGAUAGCAACCUGCGUGCUGGACUUAUUCCCUCAAAACAGUUCCAGGAGAGACGACUGUUAUAUAGGAUCAAAACAGGAACGUACCAGAGCCCAAAAUCUCCUAGAGCAGCACCAUAUGAUCAGACUGGUGAAAAAGAAGACUGUGAUAGUGAGGGCAGUGGAACUGGACACCACAUAGUUUCUCCAAAGUGUAAGGUGGUGGCACCCUCCUGUGGCCAAGCCUUUUCCUGGGAAUUUUACUCAGCUGGACUCAGGAGAAGUUUCAGGCUGAGCCGCAAGGAUUGUCAGGGUUCGACCACAGAGUCUCAAACGGUGGAGUCCGAAGAGACUGAGUUUCUCAUAUAUGAAGAGGUGACUUUAUAUCAGAUGAGACCUCAUGAUAAACCAAGACUUGUGGUGCUUAUAGGGUCUCUUGGUGCUCGGAUCAAUGAGCUGAAGCAGAAGAUGAUUGCUGAGAAUCCUCAACGGUAUGGCGUUGCUGUACCACACACAACAAGACCCAGGAAAAGCCAUGAGAAGGAGGGUGUAGAAUAUCACUUCAUAUCCAAACAGGCCUUUGAGGCUGACGUCCAAUCUAAUAGGUUUAUUGAAUAUGGUGAAUAUAAGAACAACCAAUAUGGGACGAGUCUAGAGGCAAUACGGAGUGUCCUGGCGAGAAAUAAAGUGUGUCUGGUAGAUGUUCAACCUGAGGCCCUGAAAAUUCUUCGUACGGCAGAGUUUAAGCCCUAUGUGAUCUUUGUAAAGCCUCAUGUACCUGAGACCCACCAGCACCGUACUACAUCACCAGGAAGGGCUGAUAAUGGACACAUCACAGAUGAAGACCUACAGGAUAUGAGGCAGUCAGCCAAACAGAUGGACCAACAAUACGGCCAUCUAGUGGACAGGGUCCUAAUAAAGGAGGACUCUGCCAGUGCCUGUGUGGAGCUGAGGAAUAUCCUGGAACGACUUGAGAGGGAGCCACAGUGGGUGCCUGUCAGCUGGGUUCGAUCUUGAUAUUCCCUCCCUACCUUAAUUAGAAUAUUCUUGCAUAUGGUGUAAUGAAAACAUAGACCUCUCUGCCUCCCGAAUCGUUGUUUGUUGUUGUUCAACUGGAGUAAGACAUAAAGAUAAAAGUGGUGACUGUUAAUUGUCCUGGCAGUCUGCUGUCGACUGUAAUAGUCAUGAAUUUGAUUUUUAAUAUUUUGCAUGGAAGUAAUUACACUCUAAAUUCUGCUGAGUUAUUUUUACCCAGUGCUGGGUAAAUAUUUGGUUGUUGUUAACUCGACCAUGAGUUGAAACAACCCAGCAUAGGUUUAUUUAACAUGUUUUCUGUCCAAUAUUUACCCAUCAUUGGAUAAAAUGUAAUAAUUGAGUUGAUCUGGCUGAUGUGUUUAUUUCUGUUGAUUGAGUGACAGAUAUAAAUAUCAUGACGCAAGACUAAUUGGAUGGGAGUCAACAUUAAUGCAGGUUUACGCACUCUGUGUAAGCUGGGUUUAUGUUUACGUAACUCUCUUAAAAGGCUGGGUUGUUUCCAACUUAUAGUGUUGGUCCAAAGGGGACAAAACCAGCCUUUGGUUAAAUUAACCCAAAAAAUGGUUUAUACAGUAUUUGACUCGACAAUGGGUUAAGCAACCCAGCAUUUUGGGUUGAAACAACCCAGCAUAGGAUAGAUUUCAACCCAGCAGGCUGGGUUUGUUCAUUUUUGACUUAACACUGGGUUGAAAAUAACCCAGCAUUUUGUUUUAAAUGAAAGAAAUUCUUCACAGUGAUGCCAUAGAAAAACUUUUUAGUUUCAAAGGAACCUUAAAGGAAUAGUCCAUUUUCUUAAAAGAAAAAUCCAGAUAAUUUACUCACCACCAUGUCAUCCAAAAUGUUGAUGUCUUUCUUUGUUCAUUCGAGAAGAAAUUAUGUUUUUGGAGGAAAACAUUCCAGGAUUUUUUUCAUUUUAAUGGACUUUAAUGGACACCAACACUUGAAACUUAACUCAACACGUAACAGUUUUUUUCAACGGAGUUUCAAAGGACUAUAAACAAUCCCAAACGAGGCAUAAGGGUCUUAUCUAGCGAAACGAUUGUCAUUUUUGACAAUAAAAUAACAAAUAUACACUUUUAAACCACAAUUUCUCGUCUAGGUGAAAGCGUCAGCGUGACCUCACGCAAUACGUGAUGUCAAGAGGUCACAGAGGACGAACGCAAAACUCCGCCCCAGUGUUUACAAGUGUGUUGAAAGAGGACCGUUCCGACGUUGUUGUAUGUGGAAUGAUACUAAUUAAUGUCUUUGUGUCAGUUUAUUGUUUACAAUGGUCCGCAAAUGUGCGUUUUAUAUAUCUAACACGUGACCUCCCUACGUCACUACGCAUUUACGUUAGGUCGCGCUGGACCGGACCUAGACGAAAAGUUGUGGUUUAAAAGUGCAUAUUUUUUAUUUUU